CACUGUUUUUUUUUUGUUGCCUAGGCAGGUGUAGCCAGCUGUAGCUGUUUUUUUGUGUUUGUAGUCGGUGGCAUAAAGUUACUGUUGAAAUGUCCGAAGACAAACAAGAUGACGACGGAAAACUAAAUAAUACGAAACAAUGCGGAACUUUAUGGUCGUUGCUUAUACUCGUAAUUCCAUACACGCACAUAUCAUUUAUUUUAUUCAGUGUUGUGUUUCUGUACCGAGCUCCGCCGUUAACUUGUUGGACCGAGCAAGGGAACAGCAGCACAACAUCAGAACAUCAUGGUGCUACAUUGGAGUGCAGCUCAUGGGAAAGAAAUGGAAAUUUGCCAGCAUAUGUGAAUAGUAGCUUAUACGUCCAAAAUCUAAACGACACUGGAAAUCAAUCAAACAACUUGGAACGGUUUUGCAAAGACGGUUGGACAUUCGAUACAAGCGAGGGUAAUACCUUGGUGUCUGAGUUUGGUUUGGAGUGCACAGCUGCAUGGAAACGACCAACUCUGCAGUCAGUGUAUAUGAUUGGAUCUCUGUUUGGAAGUUUGUUUGGUGGACCGAUAACCGACAGGUUUGGUCGCAAGAACACCUUUACUGCAACCUUUAUCAUAAACGGGUGCCUCCAUUUACCAUUGUCAUUCACCACAUCGUACGUGCAAUACAUCGUCCUACUUCACUUCACAGGAUUCCUUCAAAUAGUUCUUUAUCUAGCUGGUUUUGUUCUAGCACAAGAACUGGUCCCAACAGCCAAGCGGAGUAUUGCGGCUUUGUCUGUUAAUGUUUGUCAUGGACUUGGUUAUCUCAUUCUGCCUUUGGUCGCGUAUUUCAUCCGUGACUGGCGUUGGUUUCUUCGCUUCUACACGGUCGCAUGUGUUUGCUACUUUCCAAUAUUAUGGUUCAUUCCCAAAUCACCUAAAUGGGUGGCCCUUCACCGCAGUGUAUCAUCAAAGAAUGAAAAAAUGAAUGCUAAAGAAAUGGAAACGUUUAUCGGUACAAAUAACAACCAGAUUGAACAGGUAGAUUCAGAUAAGCAAUUGUCUUCUACUAUGGAUCUAUUCAAGCAACCCAUUUUGAGAAGGCGUGUGUUGAUUGUGUGUUUGCUGUGGAUCGUAACUACUCUUGGCUUCUAUACUCUCGGUUUAAACUCUUCCAAUCUGGGCGGAAAUAUUUAUCUUAACUGCGUUUAUGGAGCCCUUGUCGAUAUAACGUCCUAUGUUACGACUGCUUUAAUUUUGAGCAAGAAAGGACGAAAAAGUGCAACAUCAAUUACAAUUGGUAUCGGUGGAAUCAUGUGUUUAAUUACACCAAUGUUGAGGCGAGCAAAUGUUAACGUUGGAAUAGCAAGUGCGAUGAUAGGGAAGUUUUUUAUUACAACCGCAUUGAGCAUUAUAAUCUUGUACACUGGUGAACUUUUUCCGACUUUACUGAGAAACACAACCUACGGGAUAGCUUCAGCGACGGCAAGGAUUGGAAGAGCUAUUUCUCCGUUUAUAAUAUUUGCUGGUGAGACCAUGAAUUUAUCCAUACCUUUCUACGUGACGGGUUGCCUUUCACUUUUGUCUGCUUUCAUGACGAUUUGGCUACCUGAGACAAAAGCGACUGGUUUGCCCAAUACUCUAGACGAAGCGCUUGAACUUGAAAACUAUAGGACCAAGAUUUCUGUGAGAAAGCUAUCAGCAUCUUUCCGAAGAAAGAGUGAAGGAACUGCAGACACCGCAGGCUAAAAAAUACACUUUAUUACCAGCUACAAUUUGUUUAAACGUAUAGUCACAUAGUAUUAUAAGCUACCCCAAAAGCGCCAUAGGCCUACAUUUUUAUUUGAAAAGAAUUGGGCAACAUGCACAGAAGGGCCCACUGCCCCUGUGUAAUCAACAAAGAAAUAGUCAGUCAGCUGGUUUAAUCAAAGAGAUUAAAAUCAGUGACUGGACAUUUUGACGUUACAAGGUUUUUGAUUUUCUGAGGUUGACGACUCAUGUUAAAAGUUUUGGGACAUUCAAUUCUGAUGCAGAACUAACUUCGUCUAAAAAGAGUCUCGCAAAAGUGCCGCUUAAGUUUACCUUCUGCUAUCUCAGGCCAUGCUAUUCUGCCAUCUCAGAACUUCUGCUAUCUCGGGUCAUGCUAUUCCGCUAUCUCAGGGCAUGCUAUCUCAGCAUAGUACUCUCUUAUGAGAGUACUAUGAUCUCAGUAUCUCUUUUUUUUCCCGGACACGGCAAACUGUUCAUAUCGCGUCUAUCAACAUUUCAAUUAGGUUCCUGUCAUAAAAAGAAAUUCUUGAAUUAGUCCCCAAAUAAUAUAGUGCGACGAACCAG